AAUGGGCUUAACAUUGCACCACAGGGUUGCAGAGGCCUAGUACCGGGGCGAGAUCGCCAUUGUACCCACCCCGUCCGAGGCUCCUGACGAAAUCAGUCAAUGAAAAUUUGUUGUCUUCAAUGAGAAUAUCCGUAAGGAGGUCGUCUACUGUUGGACGACAACUUGGAAUUUGAGUUUAACCCGACCCUCAUCCCCCGAGCGCAAAAAUAGCUAACCAUAUGGAAAUACUAAGAUAUCGAUGGCAGGAUCCUUCAGCUCCGGGGAGAGAAUCGUCCAGAGAAGCGGUAUCUUUAAUUCAGAUACCUCAUGACUUAUUUCCACCAAAAAUGGCUGGGGGACUUGAAACGGGUGGAUAGCAUCGAGAGGACAUAUUUGGGCAAUGCCUGGUCCAUACCUUCGCCGCACGAUGCUAAAAAUUCUAGCCAGAAAGUCCUUAGACUUGGUGCUCCCAGAGGCGUUUAAGAAGAUGGUGUCAGAGAUAACAUUUGGAGAAUCUAAGUUAUCCCCAGCCAUUUCUCCGGACCAGGAAAAAAUGCUUGCGAUGUCCCGGCAACGUGAUGCAGAGGCUAUAUGGAUUCUAGGGAAUGGAUUUACCGUGACGAGCAUGAUUAUUAUAGUGCGGAUGAUAAUGAUAGUGAUAGUGAUAGUAGCGAGAAUAGUUGGUUGCUGUUGUCAGUGGUAAUGCAACAUUCGAUAUGCUCAUACUAGUAUUGCCGUG